UUGCGCUUAACCACCGAGCCUUUAGACCGUCAUUGGCUAGACCAGGAUAAACCCGACCUUCUCCAGGUUUCCCCCACGAUUUCAGCACAAUGACAACAACUCAGCCGUAUAAUCCGGGGUCAUAUCAAAGUAAUUGAUCGCCGGACUCCCUUGGAAAGCGAGCAUGUGAGGGGCUGAGGUUUUUCACUUUGAAUUUGGCGUCAGUGGUCUGCAAUGGCACGAAAUACAGCCGGUUAACUAUAUAAAAUCCAACGUAGUUCCGGCAAAAUGUGACAAGCACGACAAUGGUCAAUUAAAGUUCUAGAAAAGGCCAGCAAAAUGCUUGCCGUCAAUGAGAAACUGUGGUGGAUAGCCACCUUGGCGAUCCAUUGUAUCUAUGCGCAAAACAUCGUCGCAAGUCUGGAUUAUGGCACUUUCCAAGGUGCCUAUAGUGCACAGUACAAUAUCUCGUACUGGCAGAAGAUUCCUUUUGCUGCACCACCGGUGGGUGAGAACAGAUUCCGGGCACCUCAACCGCCUCUAGCCAUUACUAGUGGCACUUACAAUUCGAGUCAAACUUUUGACAUGUGUCCCCAGAGAACGGUCAAUGGCUCAGAAGACUGUCUAUAUCUCGGCCUAUACGGCCGACCAUGGACUACAUCCCAACCCUUACGGCCGGUCGUAGUGGUAUUCUAUGGUGGCGCCUUCGUCCAAGGCUCGGCCUCCUUCACGAUCCCGCCAUCUGCUUACCCAGUACUCAAUGUUUCAGAGUCCAGCAAUAUGAUAUUUAUCUACUCAAACUACCGGGUUAACGCAUUCGGGUUCCUGCCAGGUAAAGAAGUGGCUAGCGAUGCAUAUUCAGACGUGAAUGCCGGACUUCUGGAUCAAGAGGCCGCUAUCAUCUGGACGCAGAAGUACAUCAAGCAUUUUGGCGGAGAUCCGAAUGAAAUUUCCAUCUGGGGACAGUCGGCUGGCGGCGGAAGCGUGGUCGCUCAGGUCAUUGGCAGGAAGCACGACCCUCCCACGUUUAAGAGGGCGCUGGAGUCAAGUCCCUUCUGGCCCAAGACGUACAACAACGACGACCCAGAGGCCCAGAGCCGCUACGACACCCUCGCUAAUCUGGCGGGCUGCGCCGGACCGGACAGCCUCAAGUGCUUGAAAGGCGUAGACGUGUCGGUCAUCCGCAACGCGAGCUACACCAUGGUCUCGGGCAACCUGUACGGUCCGACUUCGUAUCCCUGGGGUCCGAUCAUCGAUGGCGUGUUCCUCGAGAAGCCUCUGUCGCAGGCUGCGAAAUCGUGCGACGUCAACAACCAGCUUGGGUUCUCCAUGUACAACACGCACGAGGGGGAGAACUUCGUCUCUUCUGGUGUCGUCUACGACUCCUGGGUGUCAAGUUUCUUGCCGAAGUUCUCAACAAACGACAUUGCGCGUCUAGAUGCGUUAUAUCCCGCAGUCGGGAGCGCCGAGUCGAUCACAUCUUACAACGACUCAUACACGCGCGCGAGUUUAAUUUAUCGAGACUCCGUCCUGGCGUGUCCGGGCUACUGGACAGCCGGCGCAGCGCCGAAGGGUGGCUGGCUGGGCGAGUAUACUAUCUCGCCCGCAAAGCAUGCCUCAGACGUCAGCUAUUGGAAUACCGUAAACGCGAUCCAGCAGACUGAUCCACUGCACUACAAGGGCUUUGCUGGAGCAUUUGCGUCUUUUUUCAUGACCGGCGACCCAAACGCGUUGAAAGUGACAGCCGAGAAUGUGACGGGUGUGCCAGCAUUGACGACAGGACAGGAGUGGGUGAUUGAUAGUCAGGGCUUCACGACCCAUAAUCUCACCCAGUUCAAGAAGAGAUGCGACUUUUGGAGAGAAGUGGCACCCAGGCUGCCUGUUUAGACUACAUAUUAACCUUUUGGUCAAUAUAAUUUAAUCACCAGCAUAGUUUGGUCUUAUUUUAAUAUUAAAAAUGUGGCUCCUG